AUGUGCAGGCGAUCCAUCAUCGCGCGCAUGAUUCCCAACGCGGAUUACUCGACACUCCAUUCGGGAGCACUCCAUUCGGGAGCACUUCUCCGUCAACCGGCACAGGUCGUACAUGGGCGCACACGGGAAGGCGCCAGGUACUUGAACUUCUACGUCAAGCAUCUGGGGCGAGCCGGGUUUGCUGUCGGAGGGUUGCUGGGAGAGGAUGACCACACGGACGCGGAGACGCCCACGCAGGCGUGCUCCCAGCACCUGUCCCUCUUAGCACAGGGCGCGGACCUGGACAACCACGGCUCGGAGCUGUCGGUUGCGGAGGCGAGCUUCGACUGA